AUGAGUACAGGGAGAUGUCGGCCGAAUAACUUCCAAGAUAGUCUCAAAAUUGCUAAGCUCUUCACGUUGAUAUGCAAUAUUUUCACAAUGUUAGCUUCGAUUGGACUUAUCGGUUUUGCCAUUCGUUCUCUCGUCGAAUUCGGCUUUUCCUCGUCAAUCACCGGCACAAAUAUCCUUUCAUAUGGCGGCGGAAUUGGUCUUCUCGUUGGAAUCACCGUUUUCACGUUGACUCCUUUGGGAUUUUAUGCAACAAUUACUCACGAGGCUACUUUAAUGCAAAUUCACAUGAUCUUUGUCUUUGCCCUAGCAGGAUUCAGUAUAGCUACAGCUGGCCUUGGAUAUAUCUUGAGAAAUGAGAUAGUCUCCGGUGAAAUUCAAGGAUGGAUGAAGAUAAGCUUACAAAAUGAGUAUGGAAAUCCACAAGGAGAUGAAGUGACAGAGGCAUGGAAUCGACUACAAUCACAGUUGGGUUGUUGUGGCUUCUCCGAGGCUGGACCUCAAGAUUAUCGCUCAUCAACAUGGCUAUUGGCUCAAGUUGAAUACCCACGUCGCUUGGUGCCGGAGUCUUGUUGUCCGACUUGUGGAUCAAUUCAUUCCAACUUCUGUUAUCAAUUCCUCCUUGAUGGCCCAUUGCCGGUGAACACAACAGCGAUGGAACAAGUAUGCAUACAUGCGGCAGAAAAAUGCAACCAAGCCUCCGAAAUUUUUCCUGAAAUCGAUGUGUGUACUGGGAGGAAAAUCAUGCCCGGAAUGUACCCAAUUGAGGCUUUUCGCCAUCAGGAUGGUUGUUAUGCGAAACUUGAGGUCGAACUCCUCAAUUACUCUAAACGUCUAACUCUUUUCGGCGCAAUUUUUGCCAUCUUUUUAUUGAUCAAUUCUUUCUUCACUUUUCGAUUAACCCAGAAAAUGGCCGUUUCUCCUUAUGUUUCAAUUUAUCGGCCACCUUUU